GCACAGCGCUCUCCCAUUCUUUUGGCCCUCCCCAACCCAACCCAACCCAACCCACACGACACGAGCGUCUCUCUUUUUUCUCCUCCAUCAUCCGGAAACGAGCACUCGAAUCGGACGACGGCGAUGUUGCAGAGCCAACUCCAGGACGUCGCCUCCGGCUCCAUCCCCCUCCUCCUCCUCGCCGUCGUCGCCCGCAGCGUCCGCCACCUCCGCUCCCUCCUCCUCGCCCUCCUCCACUCCCUCCGCCUCUCCAGAUCCAUCCACCGCGCCGCCUCCGACUCCUCCGUCGACGCCGGCCUCAUCGGCUCCGGCCUCGCCGGCCUCAUCGUCCUCGCCGACCACCUCAACCAGAACCGCCUCUCCUCCUGCCGCUGCCCCGCCCCCGCCGCCCCCGGCGGUUCUGGCCUCGGCCUCGGGUCGCCCGACUGCGUGGUGUGCCUCUCCGCGAAGGAGGGCGAGCAGGUGCGCGAGCUCGGGUGCCGCCACGUCUUCCACAAGGCGUGCCUCGACGGGUGGCUCCAGCACCUCAACUUCAACUGCCCGCUCUGCCGGUCCCCGCUGGCGGCGUCCGGCGAGCCCGCGGACGCCGCGGGGAGGCGCGUGGGGGAGAGCUGGUGGAGUGGUUCUCGCUGCGCUGAGCCCACCCCGGCCGGGGGAAGGGGGACCCUUGAAUUUUGGGCGGGGGCGGUGGCGAUGGGCCACGAGCUUUGACCGUGUCUUGUUGCGCCAUCAGUCGUGGCGCAGAAACGGUUUUUGGGCUAGGUCUUUGCCAUUUGCAAUAAUGAGAUCGUGAUAGAGGGAGAGAGAUGCGUAUGUAAGAUGAUGAUGAUGUCUGGGAUUGGCCCUUAGGGUUUUUUGAAGAGCUCCUGCUGUAGGGAAGCUCUUUUUCACUUCGCUGUAAAUGUCGACCUUUCCGGAGUUUUAAGAGUGAUCUUUAAUAAAAUGGCAUUUACCAUUACUUUUA